AUGUCCUCCUUUAGACUUGGAGUCUCUAGGGUCGCCCGCCAGGUUCGGGCCCCUUGUGUGCGCAACACGAGGCGAUAUGCCUCCGACAGCCACGCUCCUGCCGACCACACCCACAGCGCUGCCGGUCAUGGGGAGCACCACCACGCCAAUGCCGCAGAUGCCAACGAGGAGCUUGGAACUGCCUUCUAUGUGAUAUUCGGCGCCAUCCCCGCAUUCGGUGCUCUUUAUUACUUCUCUCGGCCGGGCGAGGACGGACAGCCGAACAGUAUCACGAAGUGGUUGCAGAAGUGGGAGGAGCACCAAGAGGCUUUGGCGGACAAGAACGCUCUGGUGACAGCGGCACUCGAGCAGGCUGCUCACGACAAGCAUCUUUUCUAUUACGUCGACCAACUGAGAAGCGGACACUACGAAAUGAAAUAUCCCGAGGUCUUCCAGCACGGUAGCGCGCGCAAUGUCCCGGCCGGUACCUAUAUCCCCUUGGACAAGGUUGUCGAGGUUUACAGGAAGCAGCACCUUGACGAAGAGGAGCGCAAGGCGAAGAAGCUGGCGGCGGCCAACUAG